AUGAAAAUAAAAAGUCAUAAGAAGAGUAAGUUUAAACAACGGCUGCACUUCCUCCCAAUGAAGGUGCACCUCACUAACAUCCGAGGCCUGCACUCUAACCUUGAUCCGGUCCACUACCACCUAGAGACUGAGAAGCCGCACCUAUUCUUCUUAACGGAGACGCAAAUAGUAACACCGUCUGACGUUGCGUACCUCAACUACCCAGGAUACUCGCUUGAGCAUAAAUUUCUGCAGCGAGCUGGGGUUUGCGUAUACGUACGUGACGACAUUUGCUAUCGGCGUCUCCGUUGCUUUGAAAGUAACGGGUUUUCACAUGUUUGGAUUCUGGUGGACACAGGAAUGGAGAAAUAUCUCUAUAUCUGUGUCUACAGAUCGCACAGUGGUGACCAGGAGACAACUAAGCUCUUCGUCCACCUAACUGAGAUGGCAGAUAAAGCCCAACAACGGUACCCUUCAGCAGAGCUUAUUUUUCUCGGGGACUUUAAUGCUCACCACAGUGAGUGGCUGUUUCCGUACGUAAAAACAGACCAUGCUGGGAGGGAGGCGCGCAAAUUUGCAUUAUCGCUAAAUCUCACCCAGCUGGUAAGCCAAGCAACGCGGGUACCGGAUGUUGACGGACAUGCAGCCAAUUGUUUGGACCUUCUGUUGACAACAGAUCCACACGGUCACUCGGUUUCGAUCUCGGCACCGCUGGGAACAUCCGACCACUGUGUGGUGAAAUCCGUGUCGACUUACUCUCCUCCUGAUGACUGUCCAAGAGGUACAAGAAGAGUAUGGCGAUACGAGUCAGCAGAUUGGGAUGAGAUGCAGCACUUCUUUGCGUCUUAUCCUUGGCGGCAAGUCUGCUUUUCCUCGGGUGAUCCCUCGUGUUCUGCUGAUGCGGUUGCAGAUGUGAUCCGGCAGGGAAUGGAGUACUUUAUUCCAUUCUCCGACAUUCCACUGGGUCACAAAGCCCGACCUUGGUAUAACGUGGACUGCGCACGUGCUGAGGCCCGUAAGCAGUCUGCUUACCAAGCAUGGGUGCAAGCUCGCGACCGCAAAGUUCGAGCCCGGAGGGUUCGCGCGAGAAAGAGAGCUUUUAAUUCUGCCGCCAAGUCCUGCAAACGCGAAUUCCGGAAGGCUAGAUUCAACCAUAUCAGCAGGAUCGGGACCAGGCUUGCAUCCUACCCUCCUGGUAGCAAGCAGUUCUGGUCCCUGUCCAAAGCAGUUGAAUCCAACUUCUGCCGUCCCACCUUGCCUCCCAUGCAGAAACCUGACGGAUCACUGGCUCACUCUGCAACGGAUAAAGCAAACUUAUUUGCUGUAAUGUUUGCAAGCAAUUCGCAUCUAGAUGCAGGCUCAAAACAUCCACCAAAUUUACCUCGUUGUGACACUUCAAUGCCGGAGGUCACAAUCCACGCAAAAGAGGUUCGUAGAGCUCUGCGAAGUCUAGAUGUGAAUAAGGCCAGUGGUCCUGAUGGUAUACCAGCACGGGUACUGAGGCUUUGCGCGCCUGAGCUAACUCCUGUACUGACGUGUCUGUACCGCCUCUCACUAAAAACGAGAAUACUAUUCUAA